AUGGUCGUAGCUGAAAAAUCGCCAUUGUCGACAGCUGAAAAGCUUGAUCCCCGGUAUUAUUUGACAUACCGUGAAGAGCCGCAUAGAACUCGUCGUAUGCAAAUUAUUGCUGCUCAUCCGGAGGUCACAAAGCUGAAUGGACACGAACCGCUCACCAAAUGGGUUGUCCUCGGGGUCGUCACUUUACAGUUCACCUGUGCUUAUUUAUUGAGAAAUUCGAGCUUUAGUGACUGGAAGUUCUGGCUAACAGCCUAUAUUAUUGGCGCUACGUGUUGCUCGAAUGUGUUUUUGGCCAUCCACGAAUUCUCCCACAACUUGGGCUUCAAAAAGCCCCUCCCGAAUCGCCUCUUUAGCAUCGUGGCCAACUUGCCCGUCGGAAUUCCUUAUUCUGCAAGCUUCGGACCUUUCCACUUGCUCCACCACAAGCAUAUGGGCGAGCCCGACUACGACACUGAUCUGCCUACUCCUCUCGAGGCCCUGGUGCUCUCCAAUAUUGCAGGAAAGGCGUUCUUUGCUACGUUCCAGCUGUUCUUCUAUGCUAUCAGACCAGCUUGCUUGGUCCCUAUGGAGUUCACUUGGGUGCAUUAUCUGAACAUCGCCGUCCAGUUCGCUGCUGAUUAUAUCUUGGUCAAAACCUGUGGAUGGAUGUCGUUCUUCUACCUUUUAGCGUCCGCUUUCUUGAGUGGAUCUCUGCAUCCCCUUGCUGGCCAUUUCAUUUCCGAGCACUACGUAUUUGAGCACCCUGUCAAGAGCCCCGACACGCUGUACCCCGAAACUUACAGUUACUACGGCCCUCUCAACAUCUUCUUUUACAAUGCCGGAUACCACAGUGAACACCAUGAUUUCCCGUUCAUUCCUUGGACGAGAAUCAAGGAGCUUCGUCGCAUUGCUACAGAGUUCUACGACCCUCUGCCUUGCCACAUGUCCUUGACGAAGGUGUUGAUUCAGUUCAUUUUUGAUCCUCAGGUCACUCUUUGGUGCCGUGUUGAACGCCCCUCACACAAGGAGCGUAAAGCUGCUGCCACUGCUGCUGAAAUUGAGUAG